GGAUUGUCGUUUGUUUUCAUUUUCAAGAGCUGGUCGGAGAAGCGGUCCAACGGUAAAGCAGAGAAGUAGUUGAUUUGAUUUUACGAUGAGAACGCUAUCUCAGACAUUUCGCUCCAUCAAACGCCCAAUUUCAAACCCUAAAUUAUCCAAAUGUUCUUCAUCAUCGCCUAAAAAAUCAGAAUUAAAACCAAAAUCAGAAUCAUCAUCAUGGUGUGUUUAUCUCAUUCUCUCCACCAAUCAUCCAAUCAAAACCUACGUUGGCGUCACUACCAAUUUCCCUCGCCGUUUGAAGGAGCAUAACGGUGAUCUUAAAGGUGGUGCAAAAGCUUCACGUGCUGGAAGGCCGUGGAUUUGUGCAUGUAUCGUUUGUGGCUUUACAAACCGAAGUGAAGUUGCUUCUUCAGCUCCAGUAGCUUCUUCAUCUGCUGCUGCUAGGGCAAGGCCAAAAAAUGAAAAAGGAAAUAAAACUGAUCCAGCAUGGGAGUAUGCUAUUUCUAUUAAGCAGGAUAAGAAGGGUGAAAUGUAGAUUCUGUCAACUUCCUUUUACAGGAAGUGCUUAUAGGGUUAAGCAUCAUUUAACUGGAACGAGUAGAGAUGUUUCGCCUUGUCCGUCGGUUCCUCCGGAUGUUAAGAAAGUUAUGCAGGAUAGGGUUGAUAAGUUACAAAAGAAGUUUGCUAAAAAAAGCUAAUUUGUUAGUUGUCGAUGCUGCUGAUGGGGACAAAGAUGGUGCUGCUGAUGCUGAUCUUGAGAUUGUUGAUGGAGGCAGGGGAAAAAGAAAAAGUGUAAGCGAGAUAGCACCUAAGAACAUGUUUAAAAGAGGACUCACUACAAUGAAACAAUCCACAAUCAAUGGUGUGUGGAAGAAGGAAGACCGGGAAGAUGCUUGUAAGGCUAUUGCUCUCUCUUUUUACAAUAAUGUUAUUCCAUUUGAUGUUGCAAGGUCUGAUGAGUAUUUUAAGAUGUUUGAAUAUGUUGCAAAGCAUGGUAUAGGAUUUAAGCCACACCCUCUUAUCAUGAGAUUAGAGCUAAAUAUUUGGAUUAUUUAUAUGGUGAAAUUAGUAAGGAUUUGGCAGGACAUAGAGCUGUUUGGAAGAAAUAUGGUUGCACAAUUAUGACCGAUGGUUGGACUGAUAGGAGGAGAAGAACUAUAUUGAAUUUUUUGGUACAUAGUCCAAAGGGAGCUUUUUUUUUUUUUAAAGUCUAUUGAUGCAUCUGACAUUACCAAAACUGCUAAUAAAUUUUUUUAAGAUGAUUGAUGAUGUUGUUGAAAAGAUUGGAGAAGAAAAUGUUGGCCAUGUAGUUACGGACAAUGCAACAAUUUAUAAGGCAGCUGGUGAGUUGUUGAUGGAGAAGAGACCACAUUUGUAUUGGACACAAUUUGCUGCUCAUUGUAUUGACUUGAUGUUGGAGGAUUUUGAGAAGAAGAUCCCUCUCCAUACAGAUGCAAUUUCUAGGGGCAAAAAGAUCACGACUUAUAUAUAUGGAAGAACAAGUCUCAUAUCUUUGUUGCAUAAGUUUACUAACCAUGUUGAUUUGAUUCGACCAACAAUGACAUGUUUUGCUACCUCUUAUUUGACAUUGGGGUGUUUGAAUGAACAUCAAAAUCAACUUAUUGAUUUGUUCAAGUCAAACGAGUGGAAGACUAGUAAACUUGCUAUGAGUAAAGAUGGAAAGGUCGUGCAAAAUGCUGUUUUAAAUAAGUUUUUUUUGAAGAAUGUUUUGAACUGUCUAAGGGGUGCUUUUCCACUUGUUAAAGUGUUGCGCAUGGUGGACUCGGAAGAAAAGGCAGCCAUGGGAUAUAUUUAUGAAGAGAUGGAUCGUGCUAAAGAGAAGAUUUGAACCAACUUUAAUGGGGCUGCUAGGAGCUUGUGUAUUUGAAUCAAAAUGGAAAGCGUUGUCAAGGAGAGUUCCCCGCAAAAAACAAAAUGACGAUUCCUCCAAGCAAAGCGAAAGCGAAGAUCCAUCACGUCCACUGCUGCAACACAGGCAAGCAG